UGCAGAUUUAUACUGCCCUAUCGUUGGUUUGAUUUUAACAACACCAAAGAUAUCUGUAUGUGUAAAUUACAUGCAUGAGUUAAUAUGCAAUUCAAUCUUUGCAGAAUGGAAACUAAAGAAAUAUGCGAAAAGAUUAUUAAGAAGCAUAAUGGAACUUAUUUAAAAGGCAUGAGAAAUUAUAGUUUUUAAUUUUAUGGUCACAGAUGUUCAAGGGGAUUGAUCUUGCAUCAAUGAACAACAAUAUUUAAAACGUGCAAGCGUAACAAUAUCGUAACAAGUUAUUAAUCACGGUAAAGAAAUGUCAUCUGACAACUGGAAGAGAACUUAGAGAAGAUAUUGGUUUACCUGCUGGUGGUAGAAGUGCAUGUUCUUUAAAAGCAUAAAUUUUCCAAGCGUGAGUUUCAAGCGUUUUUUUUUAAUGAUCUUUAGGAUCUCAAGAUCCGUUACUUGUAAAAUUUGCUGAUGGAGGUCCGAAGAAAGCCAAACUGUCUCCAGGUAAAAUAAACUAUAUCAAGUUGAAAAGACAUAGCAAUUCAUAGCAUAAAAUUGUCCAGUGAACAGCCUGGUUGGUAUAGGAACUUGUAAACCUACCAAGUACAUACCAGACUAAGAUUAAAAUAGAUUACACCAUGUUGUAACCCAGUUAGGUGACUCAUAAAAAUAGCCGUUGAUAAACUUGAUAUGAAUAACGUUGAUAUGAAUAACAUCCAUCCACAUUGUGUUAUCCAUCCUUGUCGUUUUCGUUAUAGACAGAGGUUGGCGUGGACCGUUAAAAGAGGUGCGUUCUUGUCUGAUUAUAUGAUUCACUGCCAGGCGUAGUGGGCAAUCGGCCUUCUGCAUUUCACUUAAUUAUUUAGGGCCAUAUAAUAAUUAGCCAUUUCUCAAUCGAGCAGAGGACUGGGUCUAGUCGCUUGUUUGGAGGGACAAAAAAUAAAUAAUAUGCCGAAUAUGGCAUCUAGGAAGUCAUGAUUUUUUCUGUGUUGGUGUAAUGUACUCUGGUGAAUAUGAUGCUUGUGAUGUUACUCUGAGUGUAUCCACUCAGAGUAACACUCAGAGUAACAUCACAAGCAUCUUAUUCACCUGAGUACAUUACACCAACACAGAAAAUAUCAUGAUUACUAGAUUACAUUGAUAUCGAAGGAACUAGACUCAGUUCCGAAAUAUACUCGAACCGACCUGACCGCGUAGCUCAGUUGGCAGAGCAUUGGGCUAGUAUUCCAAAGGUCGUAGGUUCGAUUCCCACCGUGCAUGGCCAGGCAUAUUUUUCAAGCCUACCCGGUGUGGAUAUACACUCAGAGUAACAUCACAAGCACUAUAACUUGUUGUCCAUCCAAGCGUCCCUCCAAACAUCAACUAGACCCAGUCCUCUGCUCGAUUGGGAAAUGGCUAAUACAUUGUUUAUUCAAAGUAGCAUUUACCUAAAAAUCAUAUCACACAAUUUUUUGUCUAUUUUUGUCUCCAUUUCAGUCGCCGAAGAUAACUUACGACAUUCAAUCUCUAAAUGGGUAAGCACUGAGACUUUCGUUGCUAGAUUUUUGGGCAUUUACUUACUCUAUUUAUCAUGUGAAAAACAAUAAUUAAAUGGCUGUGUGAUGAACAUGUUUCAUAUGUCAUGUCUUCAAUAAUUCUAGAAGAAUUAAUGUGGCUGUGCCGACAUCUGUUCCAACCUCCCAUUCAACUCUUUCACCGGUAAGUUUUAAUUUAAGUACUAUUUAAAACACGAGUAGGAGUGUUUUAUCGGAUAUAAAACUUAUAUAUAUAUAUAAGAUAUGGGUAAGAAUAUUAAAUAUAUAGAAGCAUCAUAGUCGUAACGUAAUCUUGUGUAAGUUGUAUAAUUUAUAUCUUUUGUUAUUUUUAUCCAGGGUAGCUAUCAAGGCGCUACAACUGGUUUACCAGCAAAUUAUCAACAGGUUAAUUCACUUUCUAGUUACCGUUUCUCAAAUUAAACCCCUUAUUUCAGCCAUAUUUGAGGGCGACGCGGGAGAUAUUGGAAAGCGGGGGGGGGGGGGGGGAGUGAGUUAUUGAGGGGGUUUGCAGAAACGCAAUAACUACAAUAACUUAACUCAAAUUUCUGACUAAUAGAUCUUAUUACUUUCGAAGGUGGAGGGAGAAGAGAGCUUAAAAGAGAUAAAGAGCUUAAUAAAUUUCCUCGUCUUAAUAAGGAGUUAUUACUAUAUAGAGUAGGAUUAUUUGGGAGUGGCUUAAUUAAUAGAUGAUUAACCUUAGACAUGUUAUGUCGUAGAGAAUACUAGUGGGGGCUAAUAAGACUGAAAGAUAGCGGUUUAACUAGUAAGUAACCGAGGGUUUUGUCAAAUUUGACACAAGAAAGGGUUGAGGACUACAAUUUUCAACAACGAAAAGGUCAGAAUAUGUUGGCCUUCUAGUUUCGCACCCCCAAUGUACGUGUUGGCACUGAUGUUAUGCAUGAAGUGUGACUAUUCGAAACUCUUCUCUUUCAUGAUCGUGAAGACGUUGAAAGUAGGUGUGCGACUUAUUUCUUAAAUUUCAUCUUCAGUAUGCAGCUUGGCAGGGCGGCUGUCUCACAACUCCUACGUAUCUUCCUCUGCAAACACAAGUAGCUGCGGUAAGUUGUAUAGACUCACAUGUAUAAGAUGGAAAAUGUACUGCUUUGCAUGAUCCGUACUGUAUUUGUAACUAUACUUUAUUAAUUGGUUUGUUCUGCAGUCUUCAACGGGUGGAUUACAAUGAGAGUGUGACAAUUACAACGGUUUACAAUUACAUAUAGAUACAAAAUGACAAAAAUGACCGUCUAUAUACAGGAUUAAUGACUUAGCCUAAAUUACAUGCAUUUUUUGCUAAGUAAAAAGCGGUAUUGUUCCGGUAAAUGUUUUGAAUGGUAUAGUAAAUAAAUAUUUAAAACCAGAGAACGUCUACAAACUUAUUAUGAAUAAUUCUUGUUUCGCUUCAAACAUACUUAAAUAUUCUUAGAAUAGUAAUAUUAAAUAUACCUCCAGUUCACUAAGAAAUGUGAAAGAAACUGCCAUUGCGGAAGAAGCCAUGCUUCAUCCUGACUAUAUAAUCUUGAUAUUUGGAAGUUUCAGAAUGUGCAAAUACACCCCUUAUACACGAUUUCCAUAAUGUUCUCGUAGAAAAAGAACAUAUACCUUAAUUUAACAUAAACCAAUAUGUACAUUGUGUUUGUUUCAAGUUUACAUUCGCAUUUUUGUAGAGUCAACUUUCACUCAGCCCAACAGGAGGUGUUGAGCAAGGAAUGCAUCCAAACAGCGUACAACAAAUGACCAAUCAGCUUCAUCACAUGCACGUGUCAGGAAAUGUAAGUUGUUUAUCCUGGUUGCCAACUUGCCAUAUAGUUGUGUUUGUCGUGGCCACUGAUGCGAGAUAAUAAUCGCGUAUUCGGUUUACUGGACGUCUAAGGCAAAGCAGUUUUAAACCAGUGGCGUACACUACCUAGGGUAGGGGGGGGGGGGGACCGCCGCCCCCGCCACCCAAUAAUUUUAGAAAUUUGUUUUAUAUAAUAAAGAAAUCUGAAAAAGCGAACAAAGACGUUUGGGGGGCUUUGAGGCGCGAUGAAAAAAUAUAUACACCCCAUUUUACGUAAUCUAUGAUCUAUACAAAAGAAAGCACGCCAUUGGUGGUGAUACUUCUGAGAGAGCUGUGAUUGGCCUAUCACGUGUCCCCUAAAAGAUUGCUCUAGACCAAUGAAAAUGCCGGAUAAACUCGGGUUGUUAUAUAAUAUAACAAAUUUAUAUGAUCUAAAUUCUAAAAUGAGCGAUUUGCAUUCGAUGUCAGGAGAUAUAGUAAGUUUGUUAAAGUAAUUUGAAAUGUUAAAGUAAUUUGAAGUGUUUGAAUUUUAUAUAAUGAGUGUUUUCUCAUGUUUAGCCAUUCAUCGCUGGUACACUGCCAGCUGGAUUUGCAUCCCAACAAGCAUGGCACCACAUGUUGCAGAAUGCACAAUCACACCAUUUGGUUCAAGUACCAAUGGAGGUAAGCAGCGUAUCUAAAUUCUCAAUUCAUAAAUGAUGGCGAAAUUUUUUUACCACUGAACAAGGACUAUAAAGCCAGUUAAAUAACAUCUGAUUUCUGAAACUAGGAUACACGAUACUACGAAUUUUUAAACAUCAGUAAAAGGAAUGCCUUACAAUGGGGACAUCUUUUUCACUUUGAGCCGUAUUACAAAAAGGAUGCCUUGUAGUUAAUUUGGGAUACCCAAAUGAUUUCACAUCACUUUUCACUGAAUGUUGAAAACUUCGUUCCGAGCUUCGUUGCGAAGUUCAAAAGUUCGUAAUCCUAUUCACAAACCGGUUUGUAAACAAUGAAUUUGAUUGGCUUCUUUUUGUUCAGGGGCCAACAGAGGCUUUUUUACAAACUGGCCAGUGAAUUUCAAUAUGAUCUUUUGAACUUCGCAACGAAGUUUGGAAUGAAGUUCGCAACAUUUAGGGAAAAGUUAUUCCUUUCUUUUCAGGAGCUAGGACUGAGUAAUGAUGGCAACGAGUCUGCAGUACACGGGCAGACUAUGUCACCAGGACAGUCUCCCAUCCAUGUGCAAGCCACAAAUCUCGGACAGUUAGAUGCAGUCGUCUUAGACGAACAACGCGCUCCGAGCUAUCCUGCUCUUGUUACAUAUCAGAGGUCAGUUUCUAUGUGAUUAAAACUUUUAAACGUUUAAUUCUGCAUGGAAUGGUGACGUAGGUUACGUUAUGGUGUAGUAUGUUAUGCUACGCUAUGAUUUGCUUUACUAGUAUGACAUGAUAUAGUAUGGGGGUAUGUUAUAGUAUCUGGAUGGCAUGGUAAAGUAUGGUAUGGUGUGAGGUAUGGUUAGUAUGGUGUAAGGUAUGGUUAGGUACGGCUUGAUAUGGCAAGGCAUUGCAUGCAUGCAUGUGGUGUGAUUAAAUGGAAUUGCAUGAAAUGAUCAUGCAUGUAUAUGUUAACUUGUGAUUUUUCACAUUAGGUCUUAAAACAAAAAAAAAGAAUGGAUAUGUGACCAUAGAUUUAAGUCGAUGGAUCACCUUGCUGCAAAUCUUUGAUUUCACGUCUCAAGAAAGAAGCAAGAAGGAAGAAGUGGUUUACAAUGUGUUUUGCAAGUAAGAUUGGUAUUUCACCACGAACGGUGAUAAAAUUAAAGCAUUGGUCUUGCUUUUUGACUUUGUCUGUGAACAGUUUGAACAAGAGAACAAUGUUCCUGGUAUGCAGAAAGGGUUUAUAUAGGUAAUUUAUUUUAGUUCAUACGUUCAAACUGUCCACGGAGAAGAAUAACAUUUCUAAGUUUCUUGUGGGUUUGCAUGGUGAGAAAUAUGAUUGAUUUGUUUUGUGGAAACAACCCGUUUAUUUAUUUAGCAUUUAUUUCGUGGUCCUGGCACCUAUACAAGUACAAUGUGAGUGAUUUGUUUGAAACCAAUUAUGUACAGCAUUCCAUGUGAAUGCGGUUUUAUUUAGAUUAGAGAAAUUGGCUGGAAUCUUAUAUGUUUAAUAAUUCGCAAGAAAAUGAAAUGGUGAAGUAUCUUUCUGGCGAUUGAUAAUAAAAGUUUUCUCACAAAAUGUGAGAGUUAUGUUCUUCAAAAGGAAAUCAAUCAUAUUUAUUUGUAUUAAAGGGAUACGGCAAUAUAUUUUUUUUAUUAUUUCAUUUUAAAGAACUUUUAAAAUUAUAUCUUAAUCUUCUUUACCGAUUUUGAGUAACUUUAUUAUUUCUUGAAAUAUUUUGACUUAAAAUAAUUUGCUGUCCGCCAUCUUGGAUUAAUUUUUAUCUCAUUAUCGGUGAUUUUAGUGACGUCAUAAGCAGGGUCAGCCAUAUAAAACUACAUCUAAAUCAUCAAAUAACAUUAUGUCUUGUUUGAAAAGUCGUCAGACAGUUUUUUAUUUCAAAUAGUUACUGAAGUAUAUGAUUUGGGGCUCAUAAUAACCAAUUGCUCUAUGGAUAAAAUUCUUGCGUGACCCUGCUUAUGAUGUCACAUGCAUAUCCGCCAAAAAUCCAAGAUGGCGGAAAGCUCGCUGAUUUGUGAUUUUUUCUGUUCAAAUAUCUCAAGAAAUAAUAAAGUUACGUAAAAUCGGUAAAAGAGAUUAACAUAUAAUUUUAAAAGUUCUUCCAAAUGAAAUAAUAAAAAAAUAUAUUGCCGUAUCCCUUUAAGCCUAGUUUAAACGUCGAACUUUUCAUGUGCUGAACUUAAUUAAUGUAAAUGAGCUCAAACAAUGAGUUUAGGUCGUAGAUACGUUACGUUCGCCACUUGCAUGAUAAGCGCGAUGUUUUAGCUAGGCCUAACUAAAACUACGGUUUUUGGCCUAAGUCAGUCAAAGGUCUAUCAUAAAGGAUAAGAUUCUUAUUAUAGUAUGUGCUAGAAGCCUUGCAGCAAAAGACAUUUUUCAAGUACAAAUUUUAUUGGCAAGUGGAAAUUUUCCUUUGUAAUUAGUUUAUCUUUCUGGUAGAUUUUAUAUUUUUGGAUUCAUUGUAGCAAAAUAUUUUUGCGGUUUUUAGGGUUGGUCGGCCAACAUUGAUUCAGUAUUCUGUAUUUGGUUUGGAUGUAAAUAUUUAUUUAAGUACCCUGCACAAUAUUAAGUAUUUUUAGGCCUAAUCAGAUUCGUUCAAUUAGGUAAGGUGCAAUAUUCUAAAACACACCUAGAAACCUAGAACGUGGUUUCCCUGGACACUUGGCAUGCAUAAUGAUUUAGCUGCAUGCAUGUUUAUAUUAUGUAUAGAAUGAGGGCAAAUGGUCAUGAGCCGAGAGUAUUUAAUAUUGUGUGAGGCAAUUUCCAGUCUUGUUUUACUUGGUUCCAAAAAAUAUUGAAACAUUGAUGUGGUUUUUUACUGAAAUGCCACAGGAAAUGGAAAGAGCGGUUCUUAAAAUCAAAUUAACAAAUCAUGAAAGUUUACUUCAGUCAGAUAAUACCAUUCCAACUGAUCUGGGAUGUCGAUAUGCUCAAAUGAAUAUGAAGAGAACUGUUGACGUUUUUGAUUAUUCGUGAGUUGCGAUUUCAUCAUUACUCGAAAGCGUCAUUUUGAUUAUUUUGAAUAUUUGAACAUCUCUUUCAAUUCCUCCUUUCGACUAUUUGUCUACCAACGGAAGAAAUUAUUUACUCUAAAUUACUAGCGCAAAAUCUAUAUGUAAGGCAAAGUCGUUGGUAGGUAAAUGGUAAGGAAAGCUGAUAUCAGAGUAUUGAUUAGUCUUUAUUAUCUUUUAAUUUAUUUUAUUAUAAUUAGUUUUAUUGUGUUCGUAAUUUCGUUUUCUAUAUGAUUAGCAAUGAAAUCCCGUAAAAAUAAGCACCAAUUUCUAUACAGACUUCAUUCCUUUGGAAAAAUAUUUUUUCAUACUCUGUUGUUAACCCAAAAGAAAUGCCAAGUAUCUCUUCAUUUGGUACACUUGUACAAGUACAAAAGUUUGGCUCUGACGCCUCUGAUUGCACGAAAAAUAGCUUGUACUGGGAGCUAACUGUAUGAUCGUGUUCCUCCCAGCCAAUCGGUAUUGAGUAUCUUUGUCAUAUAGUACUGAAUGGUGUUUUUUACCUUGUUGUUUCGAAAAUUAAUUUAGCUUAAUUUAUUAAGACUCUUAUCCACUCGUGGUAAAAACCAACGUGCAAGCUUGAUGCGAGUGUUUGCAUCUAAUUAAAAUAGACUGUCGAGCACUACGAUUGGUUGAAAGAAUUUGCACCAAGCUUGCGAGUUGACUCUUGCGAUAAAUGGAAAGAGGCUUAACAGCAUUCACAUCGAAAACGAUUUGAGAUAGUUUGAUUAUUUAGUCUCGUUUAAUUUGGUCGUAGCAUUCGCGACAAUGAUGUCAAAGUGGCUGAUGUAAUAGAGUGCCAUUAUAUUUUUUCAAUCAACAAACAUUAUUUGCAUGCAGCAAACAAAAAACCAACCUAGACGAUAAUCAAAAUAUGACCUGAAAACUCGGCAAAGUUCGAAGUUUAUGCGAAUUUUCUGGUCGCGGAAGGUGCGCACCCCCGCGGAAAUUUUCAGCUUCGACUAGUGCAUGCUGAUAUUUUGAUGAUUUCUGAGAUUUUGAAACUUAUAUUUCCCCCAUCCUCUAGCUUGAAAGCGUCUAUAAUGAGCUUCGAUGAUUUGAGCUUCGAUGAAAUCUUUUAAAAUCGGCAAGUUAACAUUUCAACAUAACUGUUGAGUAAUUCGUCCUGGUAAAGCCGUUGGAUAGCCAGUUCUCGUGCUCGUAAAUGCCACCAAAUUCAUUUUAUUCACCGUGCACAAAUUUGCAUAAGUCUCCAGACCAUAUCUUGACUGACAAUGUAUUGCUAGACCAAUGAUUUAGCUAGGACAGCCGGGACCAAAUUGAAACUCUGCCUAAGUAUUUUUGGGAUGGGUGUAAGAAAGAUAACGCCAAAACAUGACGUGGCUAGAACUAACAAAUUACAUUGAAAUAUGGUUUCAACAAUAGUUGAAGUAUGGUGCGAUGUCGUAAAUCUAAAAAUCUGAGAAUAAGAAUUUUUUCUGUGUUGGUGUAGUGUACUCAGGUGAAUAUGAUAUUUGUGGUGUUACUCUGAGUGUGUGGAUAUACACUCAGAGUAACACCACAAAUAUCAUUAUUAUCUGAGAAUAAGAUAGGUCAUUUGCAACUUGCUGAAAUCGCUGGUUGUAAAACAAAGUCUGUCAAAGUAUUUAGUGUAAUGUUGGCGUAGUUUUAAAGUCAAUACUUGGCAGCCUGCAUUUUUGUUACAAAUAUAAAAGUUGGAGAAGAGAAACUAACUUAAAUCAGGCCAGUAUUGCGCUAAAUUAUUCGACAGGCUUUGUUUUACAAUCGGCGUUUUUGGCUAGUUGCAAACGACCUAUAACCUGGUUCCUUGACCGCCUUAUUCCCAGAUUUUGCGAUUUACAACAUCGCGUUGCACAGUUGAAGCCAUAAUGCAAAGUGACAUGCAAAUUAGUAAGCAUGCAGGUAGAAUAAAUUAUGUCCCUGAUUCUGGCCAUGAUCUACUACCAUUUCCAGCAUGUUUUGUUGUAGUGUAUAUAUCUUGGAAUUGCGGGAUAUUUCAUAUACAGGACAAAACGUGUUGUGAUGAUUGUUAGAGAAAUGUGAAUGUGUAAAGUAAUAAACUAUUUGUUUG